GUUUGUGUAAGCGAGUGAGUUUGCCCUUUAAAAAAACUUUGUGCAUAAUAACAGUGUCCUUGUUUAAGUUCAAAAGAGCGUUUCAGCUGCUUUGCUGGUAUUUUGGUUAGAGGCAUCAUGGGGAGAACUGUGGUGCAAAUCACACUCAUAGGACUCCUUUUUGCUUUGGCUUCCACGCUGCCAAACAAGGAUGACUGGGACAUCUACAGCUUUCACAUCAACUCCACAGUGACCAGUCGUUAUGCCACCACUGUCAUCACAAGUCGUGUGGCCAAUCGUAUGGACGAGUCAAAGGAAAUUGAAUUUCAUGUUCGGAUCCCCAAGAAUGCCUUCAUCAGUAAAUUUCGAAUGUUUAUCGAUGGCCAGGUUUAUGAUGGUGUUGUGAAAGCUAAGGAGCAAGCUCAGCAGCAGUACACUGAAGCUGUGUCCCGUGGUGAAAGUGCUGGACUUGUCAGUUCUGUAGGGAGGACACUGGAGGAAUUUAAGACCUCUGUAACUGUGGCUGCUCACAAAAAGGUCACUUUUGAACUCACAUAUGAGGAACUGAUGAAACGCACACAUGGCAAGUACGAGCUGCAAAUUCAUGCUCGACCCAUGCAGCCUGUCAGAGACUUCAAGGUGGAUGUGUACAUUCACGAAGAAGCCGGCAUCAGUUUCAUCGAUGUGAAAGGAGGCCUGAGCACCAACGCCCUCGCUAAUGCCAUCACCAAAACACAUGCAGAUAAACAGGCGUGGGUGUAUUUCUAUCCAACAGCUGACCAACAGAAAAUGUGUGACAGCUGUGAAGAUCAGGGUAUGAAUGGAGAUCUGGUUAUAGUUUAUGAUGUUAACAGGGAUAAUGGACUGGGACACAUCAAGAAAUCUGACGGAUACUUUGUUCAUCAUUUUGCACCAUCUGAUCUUCCACGGAUACCAAAAAAUGUCGUCUUUGUUAUUGAUCAAAGUGGCUCAAUGGAGGGCAGAAAAAUUGAGCAGACUAGGACCGCAUUAAUCCACAUUCUGAAUGAUCUGGCAGAAGAUGAUCACUUUGGUCUGAUCACUUUUGAUGACAGAAUUUCUUACUGGAAGCGAGAACUCGUUCAGGCAAACAAGAAAAACCUGGAAAGUGCCAAAAACUUUGCACGCAAUAUUCAAGACAGAGGAUCCACUGACAUAAAUGAAGCAGUGCUGCAAGGAGCACGUAUGCUGAAUGCACAUAACAGAGAAGGUUCAGCAUCUAUCCUUAUACUUCUUACAGAUGGAGACCCAACCUCAGGGGUGACAAAUCUGGAGAAAAUCCAGUCAAAUGUAAGACAGGCUAUUGCAGGCAAAUUCCCACUGUACUGUCUCGGUUUUGGUUUUGAUGUUAAUUUUAAUUUCCUUGAGAAAAUGUCGCUGCAAAAUAACGGUGUGGCACGACGGAUUUAUGAAGACUCUGAUGCUGAUUUACAGCUGAAGGGUUUCUAUGAAGAGGUGGCCACACCUCUACUGACAGAUGUGACAAUGAUCUAUGUGGGUGGGACCAAUCUAACCCAGACUAACUUCAGUCAGUAUUAUAAUGGUUCUGAGAUUGUGGUGGCCGGACAGAUCACAGAUAAUAACAUUGAAACCUUCACCCCUCAAGUUAUGGCCAUUUCAAGUAAUAGAAGAAUAAUAUUCUCUAAUCCAAAUGAAACCAUGGAAUCCACUGGAACAGUGUCUGAUGACCGUAUCCAGAGGGUUUGGGCGUACCUCACAGUUAAACAGCUUCUGGACAAAGAGCUUCAAUUAUCUGGACCUGAGAAAGAGAAAGUGAAGAAGGAAGCUAUGGAGCUGUCACUGAAGUACAGUUUUGUGACCCCUCUCACAUCUAUGGUGGUCACAAAGCCUCCAGGAGAAAACACAGAUGUGCUUCAUAAACCAAAGGAAGGUGAAACAUCACGGAUAUGGCAGUCGCCAGGAGGUCAACCCAAUUUAGCACACCUUACUCCUGCUAGUGGGGGUUAUAUUGGGUUGGUUCAUUCUGCUGCUGAUUUACUUCAUGGGUUUAGCUCCUACGAUGACGUGCUCUAUGACGGUGCAGGUUAUUUAAAGACUAUCCAUGUCCCACUUGAAGUAACUGACGCUCCUCUUCUCCACAGGUUUUUGCUCAACUCAACUGGGAAUCAGACUGUUCCACUUUGCUUUGACUUCAGUGGAGCUGUAAUCCUUAAACUAUUUCACCACCCCAGCAGAGACCUGUCUGUUAAUGGUGAGCUAGAUUCAAUUGCCAACGGAGGUUUCAGCAAAAUUUUUAUACACCUCAAAACUCACCAGCAUGUUGAGGUUGAUGCUGAAUCACAGAGGGUCACUGUACGAGAUGGACAGACAGUGACAUAUCAAGCUGCUGGACAGGAUCCCUCGACAGUUGGCAGUGUGACAGUGAUUGUGCGCGACACCGAAAUUCACAUUGCAUCUGAUGACAUUCUCCUGGUCAUCUCACAACAUGAGAAAAAUGGCCAAAGACUCCUUUGGCCUGUUUUAAGACAGCAACCCUCAACCAACGACAUCGAAGGACUUUUAGCUGUAAAGCCAGCAGUGUAUGAGGUGGUGCAGCAAGUUCCUGUCACAAAACUAAAGAUUAAAAACCAAGAGAUAGAUGUUACAAGUGACAACGCUACUGACUACAGCGUCGACCCUCCUGUCACAAAGAACUGCUGGCUUAUGUCUGCUGACUCUGCCCUGCAGAGGCCACUGGCAGGUUUUUUCGUGGCACAACUUUAAGUGUGAACUAUGCUGAAUUACUAGAAAAUAUUUGGUUUAAAAGUAGAGAAAACAUUUUCUUACUGUGGAAAAUGUCCUUCCACUUGUUCAAAUGAACAAAUAAAGUAUCCCAGAUUGCAAAA